CUCGGAUUGGAAACGUACCGUUUGCAGGAAUCUUAUGUUGGAGCGUCGAUCCAUCGAUGUAUCGAGUUGUCCGGCGCUGGUUCAUUCUGAUUGAGACAGCACGACGAUCGAAAGAAGGAACUAGGGGGAGAAACGAAGACUUAUAAGGAAAAGGAUGAACUCAAGCAAGACAGGGAUCGUUGGUCGUGACAUUCGCGAGACAGUAGUAGCGAACAAGGGUUCAUCGUUGUCGAAACGUUUGAAGCGGUACGCCGAUCUCGUUUGAAGAGAGAGAGAGAGUGAGAAAAAAAAAACGUGCAACGCGACGGGGAAAGGCAGCGAGAAGAAUCGUACGUGUCACAUAGAUGGAUACCAAUUGGAUCGUUGCAUUGACGAUCACCUGGCUAAUUGGCUGGUGUCCGGUGAAUGGGAAAGUGACCUGCCGUGAGGUGCAACUGGCCCACGAUUGCGAGGCCCUUUGCAAGAGAAGUCGCAACGGUACGUUCUCUUGCGAGCUGAGGGUAGCGGUUCUUCUGCCGGCGGAUCCUAUGUUCGACAUCGCGUUGCCGAAAGUUCUCCCAGUUCUCGAUUUGGCUAUCUUCGAAGCCAGAUCGCGAGGACUUCUACCCCACUGGUUGAAACUAAAGUUUCUUUCGCAGGACGAUCAUUGCGACGCGACGUACGCCCAGAUCGGCGCGAUCGAUAGCUUCUCGAAUUGCGUUCAUCUGUUUCUCGGACCUGCCUGCGAUUAUUGCGUAGCGGCUGUCGGCCGAGUGGUGAAAUUCUUCGGCGCGCCGUUGAUUACCACCGGUGGGUUCACCUUCGAUUUCACGGAGAAGAAGACCGAGUGCAAGGACGAGUACUUUAUGACGACGCGGAUCGGAAACGUGGCCUUCAGGGAUCUCGCCAAUUUCUUCGUAGCUCUAAUGAACCGAUACGAGUGGCGGAGGGUACAUCUGGUGUACGCAACGAACGGGCAGAGUCAGGUUGCCGGCAGACACACUUGUCAGUUAAUGAUGAAAUCCAUGGUAGAGUUUAUCAAGAAACGAAACUUUACGUUCGGCACGUUCGAUGUCGAAACCACCGUCUCCAUAGAUUACGCGGAAGUGUUGCAGAACCACGUGGGUGAUUGGUACGGUGAUGCCUUCUUCGGCCCGAUCUGCGACUACGUGAUCGCGCCAGUGGCACGAUACGCGGGCGUAUGGGGUAUACCGGUGUUAACCGUGGGUGCUCAGGCGGACGCGUUUCGUUACAAGGGCGAACACUAUCCAACGUUGACCAGAAUGAUGGGCUCUCACCGACUGGUAGGCGAGGCGCUCAAACAUAUCUUGAAACGAUUCGGAUGGAAGAUCGCCGGGCUUCUUUAUCACAAUCACGCGAUGACGAGCAGCCGCGGCAACUCCGAGUGUCACUUCACUCUGAGCGCUGUUUUCACCAGUCUGAAUCAGACGCCGGUUCACAAAAGCUUCAACCAGGAAUCGACCACCGUCGAAGACUAUCGACAGUUGCUCACUUUUCUCGCGAAGUCCGCUAGAAUCGUAGUGAUGUGUGCCAAUUCGACAACCAUCAGGGAAAUUCUUUUAGCCGCCGAACAGCUCGGUAUGGUCGAUUCCGGGGAAUACGUGUUCUUCUCCAUAGAGCUCUCAUCCAGCGACAAGAACUCGAGGGAACCAUGGAGGGUGGAAACCGACACGGAGGAGAGAAAUGAAAAAGCUCGGAAGGCUUAUCAGGCGUUAUUAACAGUCACCGCUCGUACCCCUGAUAACGUCGAGUAUCUGAACUUUUCGAGAGAGGUUAAAUCUCUGGCGCAGACCAGAUAUAACUUCACGUUUGGAAACAAUUCCGUCUCGACGUUCGUAACGGCGUUCUACGACGCUGUCCUACUGUAUGCUCUCGCUCUUAAGGAAAGCUUGCCGGAAAAUCCGGGCAGAGUGAAUCUGGACGGUGGUAAUCUGACCCGGAGGAUGUGGGGUAGAAGCUUCAAAGGUAUCACGGGGGAUGUGAACAUCGACGAGAACGGGGAUCGAAUAGCGGAUUAUUCUCUUCUCGACAUGAAUCCGGAGACGUCAAAAUUCGAGAUCGUGGCCAAUUACUACGGAGCUAAUAAGACGUUGCAAUACAUACCUGGGAAGAGGAUUCACUGGUCGGGUGGCCGAUCGGAACCACCACCGGAUACACCCACCUGCGGCUUCGAUGGCUCUCUGUGUCCCGACAACUCUUUGCCAGCGCACGCGAUCCUUUCAAUGGUGUUGAGCUCAAUCGUCGUGGUUCUGGUCGUUGCCUCGGUCUUCAUUUACAGGCACUUCAAGCUCGAAGCGGAAAUAGCCUCCAUGACGUGGAAGGUGCACUGGGAUGAUAUUAUCGUCGUACCGAACGCAAAAACACGGGGCUCCAUGUAUUCGCUGAUUGGGAACAGGAUGCGCGGUAGCCAACUGACCAUAUACUCGGACGAAAACAUUAGUUUACCAGGUGGGGUAGAUAGAAACGUCUACAUUCCAACGGGAAUUUACAAGAAUUCUAAGGUGGCCAUAAAAGUGAUACCAAGGAACAAGGUGGAAAUAUCACGGCCUUUGUUGCUCGAAUUAAAAAGGAUGAAAGACCUUCAGCACGAUCAUUUGGUGCGGUUCUAUGGUGCUUGCGUCGAUCCUCCGUACUGCUGCCUUUUAACCGAGUAUUGCCCAAAAGGAUCACUUCAGGAUAUAUUGGAGAACGAGCAGAUCAAACUGGACCGCGUGUUCCGUGGAUCACUCAUCCACGACAUCGUCCGCGGGAUGGCGUAUCUUCACGCGUCCGAGGUGAAGAGUCACGGUAACCUGAAGUCCUCGAACUGCGUCGUUGACUCGCGGUUCGUCCUCAAGAUCACGGACUUUGGAUUGCACGAGCUGAGGAAAGCGAACACCACCGACGAAGACUACGAGGAUAGUUACGCUUAUUGGAGAGGGCAGCUGUGGACAGCUCCGGAAUUGCUGCGAAUGGAGAGGCGACCGCCGGAAGGUACUCAAAAGGGCGACGUGUACAGCUUCGCCAUAAUCGUUCACGAGAUCGUGGUACGUCGAGGACCGUUUUACUUAGGCGACGACUGCGACAUUUCCCCAAAGGAAAUCGUGGAGGGAGUGAAAAGAGGCGGAGGUUCGCCGUUGAGGCCUGCGAUCGACGAGUCCGCCGUCGAGGAAGAAGUCGCUACGUUAAUGAGGCGAUGUUGGGCUCAAGAUGCCGCCGACAGACCCGACUUCCCCGCGCUCAAACAAACUAUACGGAAAAUUAACAAAGAUUACGAGAGCAGUAACAUCCUCGACAAUUUGCUCUCUCGUAUGGAGCAAUACGCAACGAACUUGGAGACUCUCGUGGAGGAACGUACCGCGGAUUACUUCGAGGAGAAACGUAAAUGCGAGGAACUGCUGUACCAAUUGUUACCAAAAUCUGUCGCGUCCCAGUUGAUACUCGGCCAAAGCGUGAUAGCCGAAACGUACGAUCAGGUGACGAUCUACUUUAGCGAUAUCGUAGGAUUUACGAAGCUCUCGGCCGAGAGUACGCCUCUUCAAGUGGUGGACUUACUCAACGAUCUGUAUACCUGUUUCGACUCCAUCAUCGAGAACUUUGACGUUUACAAAGUGGAAACAAUAGGCGACGCUUACAUGGUUGUGUCAGGAUUACCGGUGAGAAAUGGAACGAAUCAUGCCAGGGAAAUUGCGAGAAUGAGCUUAGCAUUAAGAGAUACCGUAAUGACAUUUAGCAUACGUCACAGACCGAACGAACAACUGAAACUUCGAAUUGGGAUGCAUUCUGGACCUUGCGUGGCUGGUGUAGUUGGUUUGAAGAUGCCUAGAUAUUGCUUAUUCGGAGACACCGUCAAUACUGCAUCUAGAAUGGAGAGUAACGGAGAAGCGUUGAGGAUUCACGUCAGCCCGAAGACGAAAGAAAUUCUGGACACUUUUGGAACGUUCGAGCUCGUUUGCAGAGGCGAGGUUACCCUGAAGGGUAAAGGUACGAUGACCACGUACUGGUUGAUCGGCGAGAAAUCGGCGAGCAACAAUCAACAAGCAAGCACUUGCUCGCCGUCGUCGACGGUGCAACAACCGGUGACAACGAUCACUCCAAUCGCAACAACGAUCGAACCUCCGCGCGACGAUCGUACGAGCCUGUCGCCGAGCCGGCUGGAUCCAGUAGCGCAGUCAAAGACAAAACCGUCGCAGCAGAAUUGCCAAGAUCAGAAUCACCGUGGAGGACAGACGAAGUGUCAUCAAGAGUGUCAGCAACGCUCGCAGCCGAGCCAACAGCAGAAGACUCAACAGCAAGUAGUGCCGUAUCGACAGCAAGUACAAGCGAGCCAACGCGAUGGUGGAUCGACGCAGAAUCGGAAAGGUGGUAGCAACGACGGAAGUGGCGGCGACGAGGGUGGCGGCGGGAACAACGGGGGUGGUGGAACGUUCGCGACGGGAAACGGCGUGGCGAGCCGUGGUCGUACGAUAGCCAGCGGUUCGUUCGUCGACGGCUCGCCGUCGCGUAAUCGUUCUUCCGUCGGUUCGGCGUCGAGCAACGUGAUCUCUCAGGGGCGACGUUCCUACCAAGCCGGCGAGAGCGUGCCGAAUCACACGGAGAGCGGUCCAAACGCGCCGCUUCUCGUGCCGACGACACCACCCUCGCGAGUCUAAGGUUCCCUGCCCCCACGCGAAUUUCUCACGCAAUUUGCGAUCCUACCAGCCAGAGCGGAGUGGUCGCCAGCUCAUCCGAUAAUACGUGUAUCAUCGUUUCGUGUAGAGUAGCAGCUAAACAUCCUCCGGUGAUCGGCGAUAUCACCCGGUCAUCCGAAAUUUGGGUCCACACGUUCGAGAGGAAAUGCCUCUCGAAGUAAAAAGAAAGAAAAAAGAGA